UUUCCGCCAAUUGAGAAUUCAAAAACACUGUGUAGCCAUAACGAGUUGCAGAAGUUCUAUCUUCUUAGAAUUAGUCACCUGGAGAUUGAGCUUUCAGAAAGCUUACGAGAUAUGUCCAAUAUAACAGUUUGUGCUCGAUUCAGACCUUUAAGUUCGAAAGAGAAAAGAGAUCAUGGUGAUUCAACUUGCAUCCAGCUCCUAGAUUCUGAAACUUUUGUUUUCAAGGAUGAGAAAGGAGAAGACUACACAUUUCGUUUUGAUAGGGUGUUCUGUCAAGGAUCUGAGCAAUCUGAUCUGUAUGAAUUUCUUGCUCAGCCUAUUGUGCAAGAUGCUCUCAAUGCAGUAAAUGGAACAAUCCUUGCUUACGGACAGACUGGAGCAGGGAAGACAUAUAGUAUGGAGGGUGCUAAUAUCUUUGGUUGUGAUGAGAAUACAAAAGGACUUCUAGCGCGAGUUGUGGAUGGAAUAUUUGAGUGUCUCAACUGUGUUAAUGUGAUGACAGUUUACACUGUCAAGUUGUCAAUGGUGGAGAUCUAUAUGGAGAAAGUAAGGGAUCUUUUGGAUUUAUCUAAAGACAACUUACAAAUCAAGGAGGAUAAAGUGCAGGGAAUACAUUUAUCAGGAGUAACUGAGAUCUCUAUAUCCGACCCCGCAGAAGCCCUGCAAAACUUAUCGAGUGGAAUUGCUAACCGGGCAGUUGGAGAGACAAACAUGAACAUGGCCAGUAGCAGAAGCCACUGUGCCUACAUUUUUACAGUUCAGCAAGAACAACAUAGGAGAGUCAAAACUGGCAAGCUAGUUCUUGUGGACUUAGCUGGUUCUGAGAAAAUUGAGAAAACUGGUGCUGAAGGGAAAGUUCUUGAAGAAGCAAAGACAAUCAACAAGUCCCUCUCGGCCCUUGGGAAUGUAAUCAAUGCUCUGACCAGCGGAACACAAGGCAAACUGAACCACAUUCCGUAUCGUGAUUCUAAGCUCACUCGGAUUCUACAAGAUGCUCUUGGUGGGAACUCCCGAACUGCAUUGCUAUGUUGCUGCUCACCAAGCACGUCAAAUGCAUCAGAAAGCCUCUCCACCCUUCGCUUUGGUGCAAGGGCAAAGCAUAUAAAGACAUCACCACGGGUAAAUAGAAUUAAAGAUAAAAAGGAGCAACUGGAACCGUCUCUAACAAAAGAUGAGUCAUGGGAGAGGACACUGGACAAGUUAAAGGAGAAGCUGAAGGCUGAAGAUGUGAAGCUGGAAGAAGAGUUGCUUAUAUCCUCUGAUAGUAGUUCAAUCAAAUCUGUGGAAUCAGCUUAUGAAGAUGAAGCCUCUCAAACAGUUUCCUUAUUGCAACGAGUGGAAGAGCUUGAGAGCACUGGUAGAAAGCUUAAGAGAGAGAACAGACUUCUCAAGGCCAAACUCGCAGUGUUUCAGAACAUCAAUUCACACCAGCAAAAUGAUGGAAAAUAUCUCAAUAUGGCCUUGCUUGUAUUGUCUUUCUUUUUUUCCUUAGUUGUGCUAUUCUUGACAAGUUAGUGAAAUGAGAAUGACAUUGCCAUGUCUGUAAAAACUCUUGAGAACUUGCAUUCAUCCAAAAUA